AUUAUGCAAAUAUAUAUAUAAAUAUAAACAUAAUUUCUAUUGUAAUUAAAAAUGCUGCAGACAACAACAAAAACGAACGACAAACUCAUAGAAAACACAACAAACAUUUAAGGAGAAGCAGGAGCGGAAGAACUGGAAGAUUUCUCCGCGGGGAGGUCACACUCCCCCUCGUUCUCUCUGUCUCCUAAUCCAAUGCACUUUCUCCCUUAUCCAGUCGGCCUCCCAUUCAUUCACGGAUUCCUCGGUGUUUAUUGUUUUCUGAUUUUUUUUUUUAAUUCUCGUAAAAUAAAAAAACAAAUCAUCAUCAGCCACAGAUGGAGAAUGAAUGAAAUCUUUUAAUAGGGUAAAACUCACACAACUAAGAAAUAAAUAUAUAAAAGAAAAAUCGAAAGCAAAAGCAAAUACAGAACCCAUUGAGGCGCGACAGAAGCAGUGAAAACAAUUUAGGAGAAGGUCAAAAAAGAUGAAAAAAAAAUGAAAAUGAAGCAGGAGAAGACGAGCGGGGGCGAACGAUCGAUCCACGAAGAAAAUCUCUAUAACGAUACGAUUUGUAGACUACGCAAGUAUUUUUAUGUAUUAAAGGUUAUGUUGUAAGUUUUUAUCACAAUAUUUGUAUUGUAGCUCAGUGUUUUAUAUGAUUAUAUAAAAUGGAUAAAGAAAAACAAAACAAAAAUGAAAACGAUAAACCGAAAUGAAACCGAAACCAUAAAAGCGUAAAAAGCAGAUGAGCAGACCCGGACAGAAAGAAAAAUUAUUGUAUUACAUACAUCUUAUAUAUAAUAAAUAUGCUUCUUAAUAAAAAAAAACAAAACAAAGCCCCGAAUGCGCCCAACUGAUUUACGAUAGAGGCUUACACAGCGGACACGCACUGUCCCGAUAAAGAAGUCGCAUCGGUCGACUUUAAGCCGGGGUGGCUUUACGGCCAUACGGGAAACAGAGGAAAAAUUUAAUUAUGACACACGAGUUAUCUUUCGACGACGACACCCCUGAUAACUCUAAUUCAAGUUUGCUUAUUCAUAUCUAAACAGUCAUUGUGGCCCUCCAGCUAUAUAUUUCUCCCGAUGAAGAUAGCAACCCAAUUCAAGAACAAACCCCCAAAAAUUAUUUUGUGUGGUCACUGUUUUCGUGGUCAACAAUCAGGGUAGAUGAAUCAGUUAGUUUUGGGGCACUUUUUUAAUUGAUAUGAUGAUUCUUUCCAAUUUUUCCAAUUAUAAUUGAUCUCAGUUAAGAAGUUAACCAAAGCUGGGCAAUUCAAUUAGGCAAAGUGAAACAGUAAACAUUCAGCAGUGAUUUUCUUCCAUAGCUCAAGGUCGAAAAGGAGACUAAAAUAGUAAAUAAAUACUUUUACAGCCUUUUAUAUAUAUAUUUGCACCCAGAUAUGCCAAUCAAAUUGACAUUCAGUUCAAUCUGACCCAAUAUUAGGUUGACGUGGGGGCGAUAAUCGAUAUUUGACCUAGGCCAAUAAAUUUUCCACCUCCCUCAUUUUACUAGAGUUGGAAGUUGUCUAAUCAACAUUUAAUUUGAUGUUCGAUUCGAACGCUUCGAAGCCAUCAAACAUCAAACAAAUGGCAGGGGGCUUUUGGGGUUCUAAGCCCUUUCAGAAGCAACUAAUCAAGGCAAACACAUCGAAGAAUACCAGGAAUACUACACCCCACACCCCUCAUGCCUUUUAUUUCUGUCAGCGACAUUUCUAGCAAUUUAUUGAAGACGAAUAUUCCAAUCAGAGCAAAUCAUGCGAAUAUGGCAAACGGAAUUUAUUACGCCAAGCGUGCAGGGGCCGUAAAAAAUAAAAGAUAAAAUCACCAAAUUAGAUGACUGACAGUUGAUUACUAUUAACUUCCCAUCGAUUUGCUGAAUAUUAUAAGCAACCGCCAUGUCCAAUCAACUGUUUUUCCUGAGUUUGGCGGACAUCUUCUCCGUGUACCCAGCCAUUUUCAAGGAGCAGAGCAAGAAGCUAAAGAAGACAAAGCAGAUUUAUCUGCCCAGCGAUGAGGAGUGGCAGGACAAGAUGUACUAUAUGUUAUUGGAGAUCCAGCGCCAUGUGAAUGACUCCUCCGAUGACACCCUAUCCCUACACGACAUCAACAAGAAGGAGAAACCCAUGUUCGAUCCUUUGCGCAUCACCAAGAUUCUAUCGCCGGGGGUUAGUCCGAGUGGAAGGCGUAGCAGGACCCUUAAGUACUGUCAUUCUACCACGGUCAAGGUUACACUGAAGGCUGGAGCACGCUGGACCUUGCCCACCAUUGCAAAUGCCGCAAAACUCCUCCGCAAACCACCGAUUAUAGUUAACUUUAAAAAUGAGCACGAGAUGAGAUUGGCUUUCUCCCUGAUCUACGAUGUCUUUCGAUAUAAGGUUGUUAUGUCAAAUGCGUUGAGUGAUGUCUGCUUUUUUGAGAAACACAAAGAGUACAAAAACGAUGAGCAACGUAUUUGGUUAAUGCUCUUUGAGCUCUACGAUCGACAGUUCAAAGGUCGUAACUCUGAAGAAAAAGAUCUGCAAGCAAGUCUUUAUAAGGAGUCGGAAGUUACAGAACUAGCUGAAGUCCUUUGGAAAUAUCGCGUUAAACUGGCAGCAUCGAUUUCGCGGAUGAGAAUUCGCGUAGGAGCACUCCGCCUUUCGCAACUACUUCCUAUUCAUCUCCAGAACGAAAAAGUAGCUUUUGCAGCAGCCAAUCCUGUGGUCACCGGUUGGAUUAAUCCGUUUUUAAUAAGAAAUAAAGAAGAGGCCGAUAAGAUUCUGACAGAAAUGGGCUUUACUGUCCAUGGUCCAGACGACGAGGAACCACUUUUGGUGCAGCACUGCAAAUGGGAUAAUAUCUGUCCUUUGGUCAUAUCCUGUAUUCCCAGAGACCGCAGCGAGUUUACCAAGUCUGUGCUGAUGACAAAGCAUUACUUUAUAAUGCAGGACAAGAACUUUACUUUUGGACCUGCCAUAAUGUCCAAGUUGAUGGAUUACUUUGAGUUGGAUGGCGAUAUAUUGCAGACGCACAUAGGUUCCCCACGAUCCACCGCCUAUUUGGCAGCUCUUUUUUACUCCAUCAAUCGAGUGAAUAACUUCUAUGUUUAUGGAGCGGGGGCAAAUCUCAAGGAGUACCGCCGCUAUAUGGAAUCUAUUGGGGUCAAUAAUAUCAGACUGUUUGGCGAUGCCUUCACCUCGUUUCCCAUGGAAUCGAAUCGAUUUCGGACGGUUGUGGGUAUAUUCGCCACGCCACCAAACUCCUUUAGUGCCAUCUCAGAUCCCAUUGAUCUGAUUUGUUCAAGGGGUGGAGAUCUAAGUAUGUUAGAGGUGCUAACGGAAUCGGAGGUCAGUGAUGAAGGUCGUCAGCGAGUGGCCAUGAUCCUGGAGGAACAGCUGUUAACCCUAACGAUGUCGAUGUCGCGACCUCAAGUGCAGUUUGUUUUGUAUCAAACCCACUCCAUUGUGGGCACAGAAAAUGAGGAUAUGGUGCAGCACGUCCUAGAACUUAUUAAUAAAUUGGCGUUGGAAAAGCAUCGGAAUGCUUAUAAGGAGCAGAAACGGUUGGAGGCGAUAGCUGAAGCGGAGGCAGCCAACAUUCCAGCGGCUGCAAUGAGCAAGGACUCGCCCAGGAAGAAGGAUAAGCCAUCUGCGCAACCAGAACUUCCUGCUCCAGGAACGCCAGCUUCCACAGCUCCACCUCUGCCAAGAGUAGAUAGCAUUGACCUAAUAGUAACACCAGAUAUCGAUGAAUUUAUUCAGGACAUAGUGCCGGAUAUCUGCAUAAAUCAGGAUAAUUGCAUCAAGCAGCAGGUUACGGGAAGCUAUUUAUCCCUAGUACGCCGGAAAACCCUAACGCAUCUGAAUGAAAAGUACCUGAUUCGUCGGGCCGAACAAAGGGGACUCUUUGGCAAGCCCGAAAAAGAUACCAAGGACAGGUCCAGGCCAAAGACUGUGAAGCUGCAGGAGCAGCAAGCGGAACCAGCGCCCCAGGAUAUGGGCUAUGAUCCAAGAAACUCGGCUAGUAGAUCGAGUGCCCAGCAAAUACUCCAGCGUCUGCAACGAUCGACGAGCGCAAGCGCGAUCCGUUCGCACCUGACCAAGGUAUCAUCGACAUACCGCCGGCCCAUUGCCUUCAACUUUAUACGGCGCGAGUGCAAGCGGUUCUACGUGUUGCCUGUCUAUAUGCACAGCACCAAGCAAAGCAUUCGAUUAUGGUGGCAAUAUGCCUAUAAAUGCGUCACUCCCUCCGCUUCGGCUGGUGCCGUAUGGAAUCCGAAUCUCAAGUUUAGGCUCUAUUGCAGCCGCCAGCUGCGCAUCCGGAAACUGAAACGUGGUCCGUGGACCAGGAGGCAGCCACUCCGGUUGCAUAUCAAUGACAUCAAGCUUAUGUGCCAGGUGCGUAGGCGAAGUAAAUAAAUGGUCUAUAUGAAAUCACUAAUUAAGAUAGUCAAGUUCCAUAGUAUAUGAAGUUCAAAAUGUAAACUUUUAAAUAUUGCCGCCCAUUGACGGCACUGCCAUUCAUUCGAAAUAAAUCGAUAGGACAAAACCAGUGUUGAAUAAGAUAAAUAUGUAUUGCUAAGUUUUUCGUUAUUAUUGAACAGUUCUUAAUCCAUUAUAUCAUAUUACUAAAAAGUUGUCAUUAUAAUACUUCUAGACUUCGGUUUUUGGUGAAGGUGAACAUAACAGCAUUAAAAAUGUUUAUUAACUAGCCACAUUCAAAGCUGUAAAUUUAUCUAAAAUCUUUAUAAGGAAAUCCACCAAAAAUAAAUAAAAAAUGCCAUAAAUUAAAUAAAAAUA